CUAUCAGUAGGAGAUGAGUGUGUCCUUCAGUAUUGUUUUAUAAUUUUUUAUUUAUUCUAAACAUGCAUCGAGGAUCGGGUUGAAGCAAAGAUUGAACUACGAUUUUAGCAGAAAACACUCUAAUAUUAACUUUACCGGUACAACCUUCGAUAUGGUUUUACAACUUUUGGUUUUUUUUUUCAAAACAUAAAUCGAGACUCAGGUUGGAAAUAUGUGUAAAGCCGAAUUUUAACGCCGAUUGAACUAAGAUUUUAGCACAAAAUACUGUAAUGCUAACUUUUCUUGUACGAACUUAUGUUUUGGUUUUAUAAUUUUUGGUUUUUUUACAUAAAUCGAGGCUCGGUUUGGAGCAACGUGUCAAGACUUAUUUAAACACUUUUGAACUACAAUUUUAGCACAAAACACCUUAAUAAUAACUUGUUCGGUAUAAAUUUCGGUAUAUUUUCUUAACAUAAACCCAUGAUUGGAGUAAUGUGUCGUGUCAAGCCUACACCAACGGCCUUUUUCCGACUUCUGUUAUAACAUCAACAAAGGAGCCGCAGAUAUUAAACACUAAAACGUGUCCAACCGUUGAUGAGGCCGGCUCUCAUCAUGGGUUACCUAAGAGAAAAACAAUAAUCAGCUACAGUCCAAUAAAAAAAUGGCAGAGAGCAAAACAAAACUUACCUACCUGUCACAUUAGUAUAUCCCUUAUGCAACAGUAGACACUUUCUAACUUUAAUCAUAUUCAUGUAUAUGAUGGGUUCCAUGCAACUUCGUGAUCGCCUUUGCCUCCUGCAUGAAAAGCCGGACCUGGGAUUAAUUGGAUAUUCCUGGCAUGUGCCGCUUUAUAUUAUCGUCGGCAAGAAUCUUACAAUUUCAGUCAAUCGCCGACGGACGGCUAAUUAACCUCGUAGAUCAUUCACUUUUUAUUAUUAUUAAUUUAUAUCUUACUGUACAAUAUGACAAAUCAAUGCCACCUACAAUUAGUUCCUCAAGCCUGGGCGGCUGGGCCAAUAAGCAGGCAUACAAGGCUCUAUUUCAUCAGCCUUUCACGGGCAUAAUUCACAAACAUCACGUAAAAAAUCCAAAACUACCACUAUAAAAAAAAAUUACAAAAACACCACACAUUCCCAACAAUUUCCAAAAAUACUACCCUUCUACACAAAACGCACAUCGAAGGCGCGGUUACAAACCAAAACGCGCGUCCAAGGCGCGGUUAAGGGUCAAACCGCCUGUGGAACGCGCGGUUUGACUCUUCCUGGCUGUCAAACCGCGUGGCCACGUGGCGGUGCAUCAGACCGCGCGAUGGGGGAGCGAUCUGACAGCCAAACCGCGCGCCAGCUCAGCGAUCCGCGUCGCUCAGUCAAACUGCUCCCCCGAAGCGCGGUUUGACUGUUGGGGAAAGAUAAACGUGCGCUUGAGGUGCGGUUUUAGGCGGGGUAAAAGAACGAAACCGCCCCUCCCUUACGCUGUUUCGUCCCUAUAUAAACCCCCUUUCCCCCUCCCAUUUUCUGCACACCAAACCCAUUCCCCCUCUCUCCCUCUAACUCCUCACUCUACCCACCCCCCUCCCCACCCAAAAACUUAGAAUUAGUUUUUUUUUUGUUUGCGGCUAAGUCCGAUCUGCAUUCAAAAAACUUUUUCUUUGGUUUUCACUAAAAAACUGUCGAAUCUCUGUCCAGAUUCGGAAAAAAUGGCCGAUUUCAUCCAAGAAGAGGGCAUUUUCUAUGAUGAUUAUCAAACGGUAGGUACUCAUUUUACCCAAUUGUUGUUGGUGUUAUAAUGAUUUGUUUAAUUUAUAUACUAAUUGAUUUAUGUUAUUGUUAUGCUAUCGUAGGUUAGGCCGGAUGUUGAUAUUUACAAUCAACGAUAUUAUGUUGAUCAAGGACCGAUUGAUCCGACUGUUUUAUACGAUCAAGCUAAUCAUCGUUCAAAAGACGUUGGAACAACCACAAGGUACAUUUUAUUUAUCAUCACUUGUAAUUUGUAUUUUGUUAAAGUAAUUUAUUUUUUUGUACAAUAAUUUACUUAAUUGAUAAUCAUAUUGAUUAUUUUCAAUAAUUUAAAUCAAUACAAUACAACACUUAUUUAGACUCUUUAUAAAGAAAUGCAUUUCUAAGAAAAUGAGGACUUAAGCGAUCAUCAUGAUCCCCCCCAUGACAUGGGAAAAUCGGGUUCUAAGUGAUCCUCGGAUCCCACAUUUUUCAAUCGAAAAGACUGUGUUUCUAAGGAGAUGUAUACCUCUCCUAAGAGUCUUACGAGUGUACUUGUAUUGCUUUAAAUUAUUGAAAAUAAUCAAUACGAUUAACAAAAUAAUAUAUUUGAUUUUAUGUGUAUGUGUACAAAAAAUAAUUAUACUUAAAUUUUGAAAAUUAUUUUAGUUAUGUUAAAAUUAAUGUUUAUUAGAUAAUGUAUAUUUCUCUAAAAUAACCUUGAUUUAAUUAAUAUUGCAUCUUAGAAAAUUAUUUUAGUUAUGCUAAAAUUAAUGUUUAUUAGAUAAUGUAUAUUUCUCUAAAACAACAUUGAUUUAAUUAAUAUUGCAUCUUAUAAUAUUAUUUAGUUAUGUUAAAAUUAAUGUUUAUUAGAUAAUGUAUAUUUCUAUAAAAAAACCUUCAUUUAAUUAAUAUUACAUCUUAUAAUAUAUUUACAUAUGUAUAAAUCAUCAACUUAUAGUGAAACUUAAAUUCUUCUCUAGGAUGCAUACCAUAUAGUCCGCUAAAGGGGCAUGGCGAAUGUGCUUGAAUGGAACGACGUCAUCUUGCCUUUUCUAAAAAGGGCAAGAUUGGAUUCGAUUAGGCAUUUUAAUGGAAUCAAGAUCGACCGCCAACUCAUCACAACAUUAGUAGAGAGAUGGCGAAAGGAGACACACUGCUUCAAUUUAUUUUCGUGAAGGCGAGUGCACCAUCACACUUAAAGACAUCGCCAUCCUAACCGAUUUGCCCAUUAAUGGUGAUGUUGUUUGUGUGGACUCUACGCCACCACCUAAAGUCGUUGCCAAUAUGAGUGGUUGGCAGCAUUUUAUAUGGACGGUCACCGGAUUGUGUCCGCCAUAAAAGGGAGAUCACGAUGCGAAUGGUCAUCCACCAUUGUCCAAGGGCCAAGUAUCCAUCACGUGGUUGACAGCGGAGAUCAGGCGUAAGCACAACCCUGAGUUCGGAGGCAUUCCCACACGGAGCAAAGUUCGGAGGCGAUAAAGACAUUUAUGCACGUAUCUACAUCCUCGGCAUGGUCGGAGGAAUUUUAUUUCCCAAGAAAUCCAACAACCUAAUCAGCAAUUCAUGGUUGAAGAUCAUACUUGGGAGUUGGAAUGAUAUGGGAAACCUUAGCUGGGCAUCUGCUUGCCUAGCUCAUCUCUACCGAUCCCUCUGUAAUGCUAGUGCGAGAGCAGUGAAGGAGAUUGAUGGGGCCAUGUUCAUCGUCCAAUUUUGGGCUUGGGAGCAUUUGCCAUGGAUUGCGCCGAAGGUAGACCCCGACAAGGAAUGGGGUCCCGACCAUCCCCUACGACAUGAAGCUUAUGGUUGUAGGUAAAUGUUUUCUAUCCCACUCAUAGUUCUCACCUUUUUUUACUAAUUGGGUAUUUUAUAACGAAUUGGCUAUUAUGUAUUAACACUCCAUACUUUUUGGAUUGAAUAGGUGGCUUGGUGAAAAAACAUGCGACAACCUAGGAGCUCAUAAGUUGGAGGAGUAUCGUAGGAGACUUGAUCGUCUUUGGGAAGCAGAGGUGAGCAUCAUAAUACACUAUUAAUUCCUAC